GGGGGUGCGCCCGCGGGUGCCCCGGCGUGUUCGCUUAGUUCAGUGAAUCAGAACAAUGACUGCGCCGCCGCCGGGUCGCCGCGAGCGCGUCCGACUGUGAGCGGCCGCCCCGGCGUAGCGGCAGGCGGCGCAGCCCGGGCCGCGCGGUGCCAGCGCGGGGCUCGGGAGCCUGCAGCGCGCCCGGCGCCCGCCGCGCACCCCUCGGCGGCUGUGCAUUGGGAUCCGGAGCCGGAGCUGGAGCGGGGCCGCGGGCAGGACGCAGCCCGAGCGCCCGCGCCCUGUCCAGCCAUGUGGAUGCCCACGGAGCACGAGAAAUACGGCGUGGUAAUUGCCAGCUUUCGAGGCACCGUCCCAUUCGGCCUGUCGCUGGAGAUCGGAGACACGGUUCAGAUCCUGGAGAAGUGCGAUGGCUGGUACAGAGGAUUUGCCUUAAAAAACCCCAAUAUCAAGGGUAUCUUUCCCACCAGCUACGUCCACUUGAAGAAUGCCUGUGUGAAGAACAAAGGGCAGUUUGAGAUGGUCGUUCCCACCGAAGACUCCGUCAUCACCGAGAUGACCUCCACGCUGCGGGACUGGGGCACGCUGUGGAAGCAGCUGUACGUGCGGAACGAGGGCGACCUGUUCCACCGGCUGUGGCACAUCAUGAACGAGGUGCUGGACCUGCGGCGGCAGGUGCUGGUGGGCCACCUGACUCACGACCGCAUGAAGGACGUGAAGCGCCACAUCACCGCCCGCCUGGACUGGGGCAACGAGCAGCUGGGCCUGGACCUGGUGCCCCGGAAGGAGUACGCGAUGGUGGACCCCGAGGACAUCAGCAUCACCGAGCUCUACCGCCUGAUGGAGCACCGGCACCGGAAGAAGGACGCGCCGGCGCAGGCCAGCAGCCACCACCUCUUCGUGCAGCUCAAGAGCCUCAUGUGCUCCAACCUGGGCGAGGAGCUCGAGGUCAUCUUCUCGCUCUUCGACAGCAGGGAGAACCGCCCCAUCAGCGAGCGCUUCUUCCUGCGGCUGAACAGGAGCGGGCUGCCCAAGGCCCCCGACAAGCCCGAGCGGCACUGCUCCCUCUUCGUGGACCUGGGCAGCGGCGAGCUUCGCAGGGACGUGUACAUCACCGUGCACAUCAUCCGCAUCGGUCGGAUGGGGGCGGGCGAGAAGAAGAACUCCUGUGGCGUCCAGUACCGGCGCCCCUUCGGCUGCGCGGUGCUCAGCAUCGCCGACCUGCUGACCGGGGAGACCAAGGACGACCUCAUCCUGAAGGUGUACAUGUGCAACACGGAGAGUGAGUGGCACCAGAUCCACGAGAACAUCAUCAAGAAGCUGAACGCGCGCUACAACCUGACCGGCUCCAACGCAGGCCUGGCCGUGGCCCUGCAGCUGCUGCACGGAGACCUGGAGCAGAUCCGCAGGGAGUACCCGUCGGUGUUUUCCCACGGCGUGUCCAUCACCAGGAAGCUGGGCUUCUCCAACAUCAUCAUGCCGGGUGAGAUGAGGAACGACCUGUACAUCACGGUGGAGCGCGGCGAGUUCGAGAAGGGCGGCAAGAGCGUGGCCAGGAACGUGGAGGUGACCAUGCUCGUCGUGGACAGCGGCGGCCAGACCCUGAAGGACUUCGUCUCCUUCGGCUCCGGGGAGCCGCCGGCCAGCGAGUACCGCUCCUUCGUGCUCUACCACAACAACAGCCCGCGCUGGGCCGAGCUGCUGAAGCUGCCCAUCCCCGUGGACCAGUUCCGGGGCGCGCACGUCCGCUUUGAGUUCCGGCACUGCUCCACGAAGGAGAAGGGCGAGAAGAAGCUGUUCGGCUUCUCCUUCAUCCCCCUGAUGCAGGAGGAUGGCCGGACGCUCCCGGACGGCACGCAUGAGCUCAUCGUGCACAAGUGCGAGGAGAACACCAACCUCCAGGACCCGGCCCGCUACCUCAAGCUCCCCUUCUCCAAGGGCCUGCUCCUGGGGACCGGCACCCCCGCCCCCAAGGCCACGAAGGAGUCCUUCUGGAUCACGUCCUUCCUCUGCUCCACCAAGCUCACCCAGAACGGCGACAUGCUCGACCUGCUGAAGUGGAGAACCCACCCCGACAAGAUCCCCGGCUGCCUCUCGAGGUUAAAGGAGAUCGACGGCUCCGAGAUCGUCAAGUUUCUGCAAGACACCCUGGACACCUUGUUUGGGAUCUUAGAUGAAAACUCCCAAAAGUAUGGGUCCAAAGUGUUUGAUUCUCUGGUUCACAUCAUCAAUCUGCUGCAAGACAGCAAGUUCCACCACUUCAAGCCGGUGAUGGACACGUACAUCGAGAGCCACUUCGCGGGGGCGCUGGCGUACAGGGACCUCAUCAAGGUGCUCAAGUGGUACGUGGACCGGAUCACGGAGGCGGAGCGGCAGGAGCACAUCCAGGAGGUGCUGAAGGCCCAGGAGUACAUCUUCAAGUACAUCGUGCAGUCGCGCCGGCUGUUCUCGCUGGCCACAGGCGGGCAGCAUGAGGAGGAGUUCCGCUGCUGCAUCCGCGAGCUGCUGCUGUCCGUGCGCUUCUUCCUCUCGCAGGAGAGCAAGGGGGCCGGGCCGCUCUCCCAGUCCCAGGCCGUGUUCCUGAGCUCCUUCCCCGCCGUGUACUCCGAGCUGCUGAAGCUCUUCGACAUCCGGGAAGUGGCCAACCUGGUGCAGGACACGCUGGGCAGCCUGCCCGCCCUCCUGCACGUGGACGACACACUGCAGGCGGUGAAGCUGCAGUGCAUCGGCCAGACCGUGGAGAGCCAGCUCUACACCAACCCAGAUUCCAGGUGCAUCUUGCUGCCCGUGGUCCUGCACCACCUGCACAUGCACCUGCGGCAGCAGAAGGACCUGGUGGCCUGCGCGCGCAUCCUCAGCAACGUGUUCUGCCUCAGCAAGAAGAACGGCGCGGAGAAGGCCGUGCCAGAGGAGAUAGAUGUGAUCGUGGCCAGCCUGCUGGACAUCCUGCUGAGGACCAUCCUGGAGAUCACCAGCCGCCCGCAGGCCUCCGGCUCCGCCACGCGGCUGCACUUCCAGGACGUCACGGGGGAGUUUGUUGCUUGUCUCCUGUCCCUGUUACGACAGAUGACAGACAGGCACUAUCAGCAGCUUCUGGAUAGUUUCAGCACAAAGGAGGAACUCAGGGACUUCCUGCUGCAGAUCUUCACCGUGUUCCGAAUAUUGAUACGGCCCGAGAUGUUCCCCAAGGACUGGACUGUGAUGCGCCUGGUGGCUAACAACGUGAUCAUCACAACCGUUCUCUACCUGUCAGAUGCACUUCGUAAGAACUUCUUAAACGAAAACUUUGACUACAAGAUCUGGGAUUCCUACUUUUACCUCGCGGUCAUUUUUAUAAACCAGCUGUGUCUGCAGUUGGAGAUGUUCACGCCUUCCAAAAAGAAAAAGGUAUUAGAAAAGUACGGCGACAUGCGGGUGACGAUGGGCUGCGAGAUCUUCAGCAUGUGGCAGAACCUGGGGGAGCACAAGCUUCACUUCAUCCCGGCGCUGAUCGGGCCCUUCCUGGAGGUGACCCUGAUUCCCCAGCCCGACCUGCGGAACGUCAUGAUCCCCAUCUUCCACGACAUGAUGGACUGGGAGCAGCGGCGGAGCGGCAACUUCAAGCAGGUGGAAGCCAAGCUCAUCGACAAGUUGGACAGCCUGAUGUCGGAAGGCAAAGGGGACGAAACCUACCGGGAGCUCUUCAACAGUAUAAUUCCGCUCUUUGGUCCCUACCCUAGCCUGCUGAAGAAAAUCGAGCGGGAAACAUGGAGGGAGAGCGGGGUCUCGCUGAUCGCCACGGUGACGCGGCUGAUGGAGAGGCUGCUGGAUUACAGGGACUGCAUGAAAGUGGGAGAGGUGGAUGGCAAGAAGAUCGGCUGCACCGUGAGCCUUCUGAACUUCUAUAAGACGGAGCUGAACAAGGAGGAGAUGUAUAUCCGCUACAUCCACAAGCUCUACGACCUGCACCUCAAGGCCCAGAACUUCACAGAGGCCGCCUACACCCUCCUGCUGUAUGACGAGCUGCUGGAGUGGUCGGACCGGCCGCUGCGCGAGUUCCUGAGCUACCCCAUGCAGACCGAGUGGCAGCGCAAGGAGCACCUGCACCUGGCCAUCAUCCAGAACUUCGACCGGGGCAAGUGCUGGGAGAGCGGCAUCCUGCUGUGCCGGAAGAUCGCCGAGCAGUACGAGAGCUACUAUGACUACCGCAACCUGAGCAAGAUGCGGAUGAUGGAGGCCUCUCUGUACGACAAGAUCAUGGACCAGCAGCGCCUGGAGCCCGAGUUCUUCAGGGUUGGGUUUUACGGGAAGAAGUUUCCGUUUUUCUUAAGAAACAAGGAGUUCGUGUGCAGAGGGCACGACUACGAGCGGCUGGAGGCGUUCCAGCAGCGGAUGCUGACGGAGUUCCCGCACGCCAUCGCCAUGCAGCACGCCAACCAGCCCGACGAGACCAUCUUCCAGGCGGAGGCGCAGUACCUGCAGAUCUACGCCGUGACCCCCAUCCCCGAAAGCCAGGAGGUGCUGCAGAGAGAGGGCGUCCCCGACAACAUCAAGAGCUUCUACAAGGUGAACCACAUCUGGAAGUUCCGCUACGACCGGCCGUUCCACAAAGGCCCCAAGGACAAGGAGAACGAGUUCAAGAGCCUCUGGGUGGAGCGGACGUCGCUGUUCCUGGUGCAGAGCUUGCCCGGCAUCUCCCGCUGGUUCGAGGUGGACAAGCGCGAGGUGGUGGAGAUGACGCCCCUGGAGAACGCCAUCGAGGUCCUGGAGAACAAGAACCAGCAGCUGAAGACGCUGAUCAGCCAGUGUCAGACCCGGCAGAUGCAGAACAUCAACCCGUUGACCAUGUGCCUGAACGGAGUCAUCGAUGCUGCCGUCAACGGCGGGGUCUCCCGGUAUCAGGAGGCGUUCUUCGUCAAGGAGUACAUCUUAAGUCACCCCGAGGACGGAGAGAAGAUCGCCCGGCUGCGAGAGCUGAUGCUGGAGCAGGCGCAGAUCCUGGAGUUCGGCUUGGCCGUGCACGAGAAGUUCGUCCCUCAGGACAUGCGGCCCCUUCACAAGAAGCUGGUGGACCAGUUCUUCAUGAUGAAGUCGAGUCUGGGGAUACAGGAGUUCUCUGCUUUCAUACAAGCCAGCCCCGUGCACUUUCCGAACGGCAGCCCUCGGGGGUGCCGGAACUCGGCGCCCGCCUCCAUGAGCCCCGACGGCUCCCGGGUGGUUCCCAGGCGCAGCCAGCUGAGCUACCCGGCCGUCAACCGGUACUCCUCGUCCUCGCUGUCCUCGCAGGCCUCCGCCGAAGUCAGCAACAUCACGGGGCAGUCGGAGAGCUCCGACGAGGUCUUCAACAUGCAGCCAAGCCCGUCUACCUCAAGCCUCAGCUCCACCCACUCCGCCUCCCCCAACGUGACCAGCUCCGCCCCGUCCAGCGCCAGAGCCUCCCCUCUGCUGUCCGACAAACACAAGCAUUCCCGAGAGAACGCCUGCCUGUCCCCCCGGGAGCGGCCCUGCAGCGCCAUCUACCCCACCCCCGUGGAGCCCUCGCAGAGGCUGCUGUUCAACCACAUCGGAGACGGGGCCCUGCCCCGCAGCGACCCCAACCUGUCGGCGCCGGACAAAGCGGUGAACCCCACUCCUAGCAGCUGGAGCCUGGACAGUGGGAAGGAGGCCAGGAGCCUGGCGGAGAGCGGGCAGCUGCUCUCGCCCCCUGUGCCUCCGCGGCCCGCGCUGACGGCUUCGCCUGCGAGACACACGGCGCAGGUGUCCCCCUCCCCUGCCGGGCGGUCCCCGUUGAAGGGCCCCGGGCCGCCCCCCGCGCCCUCCCCGGCGGAGCACCCCGCGGGGCUGCUGUCGCACUCGCCCGCGCUGUCCGGCAGCUGCAGCAGCGGCAUCUCCUCGCUCAGCCGCUGCAGCGCCUCGGAGAUCUCCGGCUUCGAGACGGCGGCGCCCGAGCCGCCCGGGCCGGGGUCCGGGUCCGGGUCCGGGAGCGGGCCCGGCGCCGCCGCCCAGGAGCCCGCGCGCAGGGACAGCCGGACGCCGCCGCCCUACAGCGUGUUCGAGCGGACGGCGCGGCGGCCGCUGCCGCACAGCCUGUCGGUGCCGGUGCCGGUGCCGGUGCCGGUGCCCGUGCCCGCGCCCGAGCCGCCCGCGCUGCCGCCCAAGCCGCUGCCCGCGCGGCGCGGCGGCGCCCCCGGCGGCGCCCGCAGGACCGAGCCCCCGCGGCCCCGGCCGCUGCCCCGGAAGGUGUCGCAGCUCUGAGCCCGGCCCGCGAGGACCCGCGUUUACAGGAGGAGGAGGAGGAGCCGGUGGUGGAGGCACUUUACUGGCCGGACCUGCCCUCCGGAGAGGCGCCGGGGUCCGGCUGUCCGGGCGUC